AAAUUGUAUUCUUUAGAGGGUGUAGCGUUUUAAUGGUUCGCAGUAUACUUUGGUGACGCAUGUAAACCAGCGCUGUCGACCGCCCAUUUGUGUUCUCGUCUUCGGGAAAAAACGUUUGUCGGAUAUCUUCUGCAUGGUGAUAGAGAACAAUGGAUAAGGAACAUGAGGAAGCUGAGCUGAGUCAGUUUGAUAUGGAGGAGGAAGACUCGUCCGGCAGCUCCGAGGACGUUCCGCGGAGCAAGCGGGAGACGUUCUCACGCAAGAUCGACUUCCUGUUCGCAUGCUGUGGCUUCUCAAUCGGCCUUGGCAAUGUCUGGAAAUUCCCCUUCCUCUGUUACAGAAACGGCGGAGGUGCAUUUUUGAUCCCAUAUUUUGUCUGCUGUAUCGCCGGGGGAAUUCCAACCUUCCUGCUCGAAGUGUCUGUCGGCCAAUUUAUGUCACUUGGCGGCAUGAACGCCUGGAAAAUAUGCCCUCUAUUUCAAGGUAUCGGUGUUGCGGCGGCCGUGAUAGUGUUUCUGGUCAACUGCGACUACAACGUGCUUCUGUCGUGGGCCUUUUACUAUUUCUUCGCCUCGCUGACCACCGUGCUACCCUGGUCACACUGCGAAAACGAUUACAACACCAACAAGUGCACCACGGGCAAGUUUGGUGACAAACAGCCGGCCGCCGUCAACGCAACAAAUAACACGUUGGUGACAUUGGUGAACGAGGCCGCUAAUUUGACGUCAGUUGCGUACAAUAAAAGCGUUGCUCAAAUAGAUCUCAAAACAGUCGGGUCGGACCCUGUAACGGAAUUCUGGGAACGGAAGGUAUUAGACAUCUCCGACGGUGUGGGGGAGCCGGGUCCGAUAAAGUGGGACCUGUGCUUGUGUCUGUUGCUCGCCUGGAUUGUCGUCUACUUCUGCAUCUGGAAGGGAAUCAAGGGUUCCGGGAAGGUGAUGUACUUUACUGUUCCGGCGCCGUACUUGCUCAUGUUUGUGUUGCUGGUGAGAGGAGUCACGCUUGAGGGAUCAUUGGAAGGCAUCAAAUAUUACCUCACCCCUGAUUUCUCCAAACUUCUUGACUACCAGGUGUGGGCGGACGCUGGAAACCAGGUGUUCUACUCGUACAGCCUCUCAACCGGCAUCCUCGUCGCCCUUGGAAGCUACAACAAGUUUCAUCACAACGCUUACAGGGACUGCUUGAUAUUCGCGGGUAUGAACACCUUUACCAGCCUCAUGUCCGGCUUCGUCAUCUUCUCGGUGCUCGGAUUCAUGGCACAGAAACAGGGCGUUUCCAUCGACAAGGUCGCCGAAUCGGGUCCUGGUCUGGCAUUCAUAGCGUACCCGGAAGCGGUAGCCCAGAUGCCGCUGGCCCCUCUCUGGUCCGCCAUCUUCUUUCUCAUGAUUAUCCUCCUGGGUCUCGACAGCCAGUUUGUGGGUGUGGAGGGGUUCGUCACGUUCAUCGUAGAUCUAAAUCCGGGGAUAUGGCGGCGGGGUCGCUUUCGGCGGGAGAUCCUAAUCGGUCUCAUCUGCAUUGCAUCCUUCCUCGUCGGUCUAUCCAUGGUGUGCAGGGGCGGGAUGUAUGUGUUCCAGCUGUUCGACUACUACUCCGUCAGCCGCACCAUCUUCGUCAUCGCCUUUAUUGAGAUGAUAGUCGUCUCAUAUAUCUAUGGUAUCGGGCGUUUCCACGAGAACCUGGAGGCAAUGUACCGGACGCGGGUGACGCCCUUCGUCAAGGUGUGCUGGGCCAUCAUAACCCCGACAUUCAUACUGACGCUGUUUGUGGCUGGUGUGAUCUCCUACUCGAACUUGACGUACGACCGAAAGUCUGUGUCCUACGAGUACCCGCAGUGGGCGAUUAUGAUCGGCUGGGUAUUGGCAUCCGCCUCCAUAGUCUGGAUCCCUAUAGUGGCGGCGUAUAGGUUAUACCAGGUUCCCGGGACCCUUUCACAGAGGGUACGGGAGGCUAUCAAGCCCAAGUUGAAAAAGCACCAGAUCCGACCGAACGAGGAUCUAUCAAAAAUCAAGUACAUUGGCGAGGACGAGGAGUAGUGGUGAUGACUGUGGCCCGCGGGGUCCGUGAUGACAGUGGCCCGCGGGAUCAGGGGUGACAGUGGCCCGCGGGAUCAAAACGCACCAAAUCAACACAUUCGAAUUGAAUAUAAUUACUAUGACGAUAAUGUGGCGUUCAAUGCAUAUUGUCGCAUUUUCCAUUGACUGAUAAAAUGAUAUCGAUGUUUGUUUAGAUAUUUAGUAAGUAUUCACUUCAUGCACGUUGACCUCUAUACCGUACGAUAUGGCAAAGUUUUAGUUUGGAGAAGUAACAUAUAAUUCUUAUUCCAUGCUGUAUUUACAUUGUUUUAAACUUUCGGCCUAUCCAUGAACAAUAGUUUAUACAUGAAAUUAUUAUAGUGUUAUUUUUCAUUUGUAGUUGCACGUUAUUCCUAACAAAUCAUAGUGUAGCAUUAUACGCGAGGGAAAUAAAGCCCACAAUGCUUAAACACAA